AUGACCUCCAGCCAGCCCUUGUUUGUCGUUCAGGAGGCUCAAUGUUUCUACCAAAUCAGCACAAUCUACAACACCUGCCCACGCUAUCUCUUUUAUGCGCUGCUGAUCGCAAGCUGUCUCACUCGCUGGACAGGGUGGCUCGCCGAUGUUUUCUUAGGCGCCGCUGCCACAUACGCAGGCACUGCCGCAAUCGAGGCAUUCAUUCUCCUGGCCAGCCCCCAGAAAAAAUCAGAACCGGAGCUAGUCACCAUUCCUUUCAUUUCCAAGAACACCACGUUAUGGAACGAUUUCCCUCAGCUGAUUACCGAAACAAACCAAGUUCUCGUUCAGCCUGCUUCUCUGGAGUUCGACGCUGAUGCGGUCGUCGCAAUCGUCGUGACGGGAUACCUUGUUUUCUUACCGCUUCAAUGCUGGUCUCGAAUUCUGACCCACCAAAGAGCACGCAAUCUGCUAUUCAGUCUUUGGAAUGUUCUGAUGCUUGCCGGUGCUAUCUGUGCACUGGUAUACGCAGCAAAAAACUCUAGCGCCCCGCCACAAUAUAUGUUCUGCUAUCCAGACCUCCCGCCAUUCGACCAAACAUCCAGCGAUGGCUGGCAGCCGUCAUGGAGACUAUCUACUUGGAACGACAGUGUUUGGGGCACCUUCUCCAACUUCUCUCGCUGGGGCCAGUUGGGAGACAUUUGUUUCAACCCUUGUUUCAACUCCAGUCAAAUACUCAGAGAACCGACCUCUCUUCAAUCCUGGGUCGCCACCAAGGACUCCGAGCUUGCACAUCCCCAAAAAUUCUGGACGAAACUAGCUUAUUCAAGGCGGUAUAUCUAUAGCCUGAUCAUCCUCUGCUUAGUGCUUAACGUCGUCAACUUGGCGUACAAAUUCCUUCCUUAUCGGUCGCAAAUUCCAUCCUCCAAAUUGGUUGUGAUCUGGCGAGAAAGGAAGAACAUCCUCAAAGGACUCAAAAGAGAAUUAAGCGAAGCACGCUCAACUGCUACGGAGCAACUGGAAAACAAAGAAACAAAAACAUACCCCAAUACCAGCGUCCGAAACUCACCUUGGUUCCGCGCCCGACCAUUCUUCAGCGCCAUAUUUCUCAGAGCAUUGCUGCGAGUUGCGGUGGAUAGUGCAAUUCUCCUUGGUCUGGUCUUCAGCAUGGUUAUCAGUCCCUUUACCAUUAUCGCGUUUGUGGCAUGGGCCGAGUGGACUAUAUACAACGAUGGUCCGGCGCAGGAAAAGCCGCAGCAAGUCGGGCAAUGGUCUUACCUGGUUUCUGUUGGAUUCUUGGUACUCUCUGCGGCCAUACUUAUGCUCAAGUACCGCCUUGCAACAACCUCUGAGCUAGACGAGGAGAUACAGAAGCUGAAACGCGAUUUACAGAAGCUAGAGAUGCGAAGGGAAUCGCAAGCACGGCGGCGCACGGCUUCUAGCACAGGAGAUGAACAUGAUCCAUGA